UUAUAACCACAUGCAACAUUGGAUCUUGCGUAUUGGAUGGGUUAAGCUAUGAGUCCUUCUCACAACAAAUCGAGGACCCUAGUCGUGCCCGUCAAUAUAAGUCCGGAUUGCGCCGCUAGAUGAUCUGAAUGUAGGAUGGCCGUCUAGCUUUGAGCCACCAAGGAACUCAUCAUGAGGUUCAGCCAAGUUGUUGGCGGCGUCACCGCCGCCUUUCUAGUGAGCGGCGUAACAGCUGCCAAGAUUCCGAGGAGACAAGACCCCCCUCCUGUUCCAACAUCCGUUUCUUCGAUACCGGCUCCUCCGGCCUCUACCGAAUUGCCAGUUCCACCUCCUGGUUCUACCGAGAAACCUGCCCCUCCGCCUCCUUCCGAAACUCCAGCACCGCCACCACCUUCCGAGACGCCGGCACCUCCAGCUCCUACUGAGACCCCAGCUCCACCCCCUCCGGUGCCGACCAGUUCGACUGAAGCUCCUGCACCCCCUCCAGUACCAACCAACUCCACCCAGGCCCCUCCGCCUCCCGAGCCUCCAGUCAGUUCCACUUCGACGAAAGCCCCAGCUCCUCCACCGAGCUCUACUACUAAGGCCCCCGCUCCCCCAUCGACAACCAAGCCAGCUACAACCUCUGCACCUGCACCUGCACCCCCUGCUCCUGUCGAAACAUGCAGUGCGCACUUGAUGGUGGACGACUUUACCCAAUGGGAGACUGGCGAGAACCUCUUAGCAGGUGCUACAAGCGAUGACCAAACCAUGAAUUCGACCAGUACCGACGGUGGCAUCCUGACCUUCACACCCAACAACAUCGACGUCUCGUACAUCUAUGAACAGUUUGCUUGCCUGGACAGCACCGCUGAAGGUUAUGAUUCGCUGUCCUUCAACAUCAAGGGACCCGAAGCGGCAUCCGUCUCUAUCGAGCUGCAGACGGUAUCCGACUGUGCUUCGGAGGAGUACCAGAGCUUUUACUAUACGCUAGACGGUUUGAGCGGGUCCCUCCAGACCAUCAACAUUCCGCUGAAUAGCUGGCCUGACGCCAACUUGAACGGUGUCGUCGGCGUUCUAUGGUAUGGAUUUUCGGCUGGUCUGACGGGCACCGAUAACGAAUGGCAGCUGGAUAAUGUGCAGUUCCUGUGUGCCGACGUCGCGCCCCCUGAGGAUCCGGAACCGCCUGAGACGACGUCGGCACCGGCACCGGUCCCGACUAGCGGCCCGACUUUUACGGUUACAACCACGGUUAUCGUAACCCUUCCUGGGGAUGACGAUAGCACCACGAGAUACCCAUUCCCUCCGACUACUACGCGCCGCCCUGUCUGGCCGACGGAAGACCCUCCAUGGUGGGAAGACGACCCAUGGGGCGGAUGGUCUUCUGGUUCGGACCUACCGGUUGUGGCGUCUGCUACUCCAACGCCAGCUCCAGAAGCUGAAAUAGACGAUACCCAGCUCGUGACACGACAGAACGAAUGCAGCAACUUACUCAUCGACGACUGGGUAUCCCAAUCGCGCUUGACGUUCCUUUACUACAACGCCUUGCUAAAAUCGAGCAGCGAUGACAGCACCAUGAAGUCUAUUGUAGUUAAGAGCAAUAGGGUCACAUUUACACCUACGGACACUGACUCUUACUUUUACACACAACUCGGCUGUAUCGACGCAGAAGCAUACGGAGGUGUUUCGCUCCGAAUAUCGGCACCCGCUGGCAGCACAUUCGACGUUCAGCUGUCGUCGACCAGAGGAAAAUGCGGCACCGAGCGCACCAGUGAUGUUGUUCUGAGCACUAAACAACUCGGCUGGACUUUCGAUGGAACAGAGCAACUAUAUUCGAUUCCCUUCUCUAAGUUCGAUGGUCUUGAUCUGACAAAAUUUGAAAUGGUGUACAUCUCGAACCUAAGGAAGGCCGUAACCUUCGGGCCAAUGAGCCUGUACUGCGGAGAGGAAGUUGUCGAGUACAUACCCCCUUCCGUCGUCGAACCAUCUGGGCCAAGUGAAACCGUACCUGCACCAGCAGGCAAAGCUACGAACCUCGUGAUCGAUACCUUCUCCAACAAAGACACGAACGCCUUGAAGCAAUGGCACGGAGCGGACGAAGGCAUGACCCUCACAUUCCGAAAGAACACGAUGACUCUGAAGACCAACGACUCCGAUCUGAUGUGGGUAACACAAGUCGCGGACACCUGCAGGGACUUGACUGAGUUCGACGGAUCUUACUUGCACAUCGCAUAUAGCGGAAGCAAGUUAUUUACCGUAUCUCUGCAACAGCACAACGAGAAGUGCAACAAUGACAUCUACCCCUAUCCCGAGACCUGGGACUCGCUCGAGGCCCAGCGAUACGCCACCGACGCCGAUAUCUACAUCCCGCUAGACCACUUCAACGUGAACCGCUCUCGCGCGAUCGGCUUCGCCUUCAAAGGGUUCUACAGCACCGAAUCGACCGUCUUCUCCAAGAUCGAGAUCGUCAACGAGGUGCCGGAGGAUUUCACCAUACCGGAGAAGCUCCCAUCAGGAACCUUUGUGUUCUCGUGCAAACGACCCAACUCGUUCGCCUUCGCCAUCGAUGACGGGGACCCGGUCUUCGCGCAACAGGUCAUGAAGACUAUCGACGACGCGGGAAUCACCGUGACAUUCUUCACAGUCGGCGCCCCGCUCCGCGACCCCACCACGAACCUCAGCGCGAUAUACAACGAGAUGGCAUCCAAGGGUCACCAGAUCGCGCUGCACAGCUACACGCACCCGCCACUAGAAGGGCUUCCCGACGAGGCGUCGAUCGAUUGGGAGUACAGCAACGAUAUCGAAGCCGUGAAAGAGACCUUCAACGGACUGACGCCGAAAUACUUCCGCCCGCCGUUCGGCACCGAAGGUGCGCGCAUGCGCCAGCGCCUUGCCGCCCUGAUCGACGAGCCGUAUAUUGUGCAGUGGAGCGUCGACGUCGAGGACUGGCUGUGGGCCGAGUCCGACACGCCGGAGAAGCAGCUCGAGGCUUUCAAGCGUGACGUCGCUGCCGGAGGCGACAUCGUCGUCAUGCAUUACCUGUAUAACAGCACCGUCAGCUACCUCAAGGAGUUCAUCGAGAUAGCUAAGGCUACAGGCAAGCAGCUGAUGCGUGUGGAUCAAUGCAUGAUGGACCCCAAUGCGCCGCCGCUACCGGGGGAGAAGGACCCGGUCGAGGAAGACCCAGAAGAACCAGAAGAUCCGGAUGAGGAAGAGUAGGGGAGGGGGGAUGUUGCUUUGCGGGUGCUUGAGUCUCGAAAAGUUCAUUGUAUGUAUCUAGUUCUAUGUCAUUAGCGUAUAAUAAAACCAUAAAACUACUAUUCCGGCUGUAUCAUCUGUAAAA